AUGACUCUCGAGGUCUGGGGCAGCGCUCCCGAACUGACGCAUCUGUUUGCGGUUCACUCGACAGUGCGGCGCCUCAUCGCGCAAGUUGUGGAGGGUCAAAUGGACGCCAAACACGACCAUUUGUCGGCCGGUCUCACAAGCUGGCCUGAGGCUCUGCCGCAUGCUUCGGGAGCAUCGUUGGGCCCUUCUUCUUCCUUUUCUCAGAGUCCACUGGCAACGAGCGCACCGCUCGGGCAUAGGUUCGUCGGACUGACCGACCACUUGCAAGUUCAUUUGGAGCUGCCACCGGGCGACUUCAAUGCCUACGAAUUGGAUGAGGCAAGCGAUUUGACAAUCUCGCAUUUGGCACAUCUUCAUUCAAUAAAUGGUCUGACGAGUGUAUGGGAAGAGUAUGACGGAAGCGGUGAUUGCGAGUUCGUCCUUGGCACGACUCCAUGA